CCACCCCGUGCCUUGCACCGUGCCAUGAGCGCACUCCUCGCAACACCCACCAGAGCCCAGCCGUUUCUCCUUCUUCUUCACCGCCUCCGACCGAAUCAGCUGCGUCCCCUCCCCGCCACCAGAGCGCUAGCUUCGUUCGCCGCGUCGUCACCAAGAGCACCGCCCACUCGCCGAGGGACCAGAGCGAUGGCGUCGCAGAAGUUCCCGCCGCAGCAGCAGGACUGCCAGCCCGGCAAGGAGCACGCCAUGGACCCCCGCCCCGAGACCCUCAUCAAGAACUACAAGUCGGCCAACAAGCUCCAGGGCAAGGUGGCACUGGUGACCGGCGGCGACUCGGGCAUCGGGCGCGCGGUGUGCCUGUGCUUCGCGCUGGAGGGCGCGACGGUGAACUUCACGUACGUGAAGGGGCACGAGGACAAGGACGCGGAGGAGACCCUGCAGGCGCUCCGCGACAUCAAGUCCCGCACGGGCGCCGGCGAGCCCAAGGCGCUCCCGGGCGACCUCGGGUACGAGGAGAACUGCCGCAGGGUGGUGGAGGAGGUGGCGAACGCGCACGGCGGGCGCGUGGACAUCCUCGUCAACAACGCGGCGGAGCAGUACGUCCGGCCCUGCAUCACCGAGAUCACCGAGCAGGACCUGGAGCGCGUGUUCCGCACCAACAUCUUCUCCUACUUCCUCAUGGCCAAGUUCGCGGUGAAGCACAUGCGGCCCGGGUCCAGCAUCAUCAACACCACCUCCGUGAACGCGUACAAGGGCAACGCGACGCUGCUGGACUACACGGCCACCAAGGGCGCCAUCGUGGCCUUCACCCGCGCGCUGUCUAUGCAGCUGGCGGAGAAGGGGAUCCGUGUCAACGGCGUCGCGCCGGGGCCCAUCUGGACGCCGCUCAUCCCGGCCUCCUUCCCGGAGGAGAAGGUGAAGCAGUUCGGGUCCGAGGUGCCCAUGAAGCGCGCCGGGCAGCCCAGCGAGGUCGCGCCCAGCUUCGUCUUCCUGGCCAGCGAGCAGGACUCCUCCUACAUCUCCGGCCAGAUCCUCCACCCCAACGGUGGCACCAUCGUCAAUAGCUAGAUCAGGGAUGGAGAAGAUCGCGAAGAACAAGAGUGAAGUGUGUCCGUGGUGUGGUGUGUGGUAUGUACGAGCAAGUGCGGCGUGUCGAGUCUCGAGUGUCAGCUGGUAGUAGUUCGGUUGUGUGUUCGGUAGGGGCUUUUGGCGCUGUAGCCACUUGGAAGCGUCAAGCGUUAAAUAAAUAAUGUAACGUGCAUGCAAUGCAAGUUGAACUAUGGGCAUGCCCUGCCUCUGCUUGCUCCUGCUUUGUCAAA